UGUACAUUAACUCUGCAACUCACCAUGCAAACCCAUCAUCUCCCCCUAUACAUUUGGCAACUUCUCAGCACAGAAAUCAAAAAGGAUUCACUAUCAUGAUACACAAGAAGCAGCCAAUUACUGAAAAGUUUUGAGCUUACUCGUUGCCCUACCCAGAAAAGUUUGCUGAUGUUCUGGCAUAUGUUUCUAUGAUCUCUCCAGGAGGAGACAGCUCUGUAGCCAUCUCAUUUGAGAAUAAAAUCUGGAAAGAAAGUCAAGUUCUCUCACCUGUCUGUAUUGCCUGAUAAUAGAACUGUCAAUUGAAUAAGUUAGGAAGGUUUCUUAAGAUAUUAAGGAGCUGGUGGAGAGGAAAUGGGAGGAUUUGGUAAAGAGAAGGUUCAUCCUGUCAUUAUGAGUAAGCAUCGGGAUGGAACAAAUACAAGCAAGAAACGAGUUCAAGCAUCAUCAGUCAUGGAAUCCCCACUGCAUGAGAAGGACCAAUUACAGUCAGUGUCAACUUCAAUGGAUUCACAGAUUCAAUCCCGCUGCCUUGUCUGUUUGGGCAACAAUAGUUGCCGGACGGUUCGUUCAAGAACAAAGCUGAUGAACAUUUUGAUUGAAAAAGGAAAGCCUCAAGAAGCCCAGUUAAUUUUCAACAGUUUAACCGAAGACGGACACCGGCCAACUCUUAUAACAUAUACAACUCUCUUAGCAGCCUUGACCCGCCAGAAGCGUUUCAAGUCCAUUCCUUCACUCAUCUCCAAGUUGGAAAAGAAUGGUCUAAAGCCUGACUCUAUAUUUUUCAAUGCCAUGAUCAAUGCUUUCUCUGAAUCUGGAAAUGUUAAAGAAGCCAUGAAAAUCUUUCGGAAAAUGAAGGACAGGGAAUGUAAGCCUACAACUAGUACCUUUAAUACCUUGAUUAAAGGGUACGGGAAUGCUGGUAUGCCAGAAGAAUGUCUGAAGCUGCUAGAUUUAAUGUCACAGGAAGAAAAUGUGAAGCCUAAUGAUAGAACUUUCAAUAUUCUUAUCAAAGCAUGGUGUAACAAGAAGAGAAUAACAGAAGCAUGGAAUGUAGUGUACAAGAUGGCUGCAUCUGGUCUGCAACCCGAUGUUGUCACAUAUAACACACUAGCAAGGGCUUAUGCACAGAAUGGGGAGACUAGUAGAGCCGAAGGAAUGAUAUUAGAGAUGCAGAACAACAGAGUUAUGCCCAAUGAGCGAACUUGUGGCAUCAUCAUAAAUGGAUAUUGCAAAGAAGGCAAAAUGAAGGAUGCCUUGAGGUUCUUGUACAGGAUGAGGAAUUAUGGCGUGCAUCCCAAUCUUGUUAUCUUCAACUCUCUUAUCAAAGGAUUUUUAGACAUUACAGACACUGAUGGAGUUGAUGAGGCUUUGACGUUGAUGGAAGAAUUUGGCGUCAAACCAGAUGUGGUAACAUUUAGCACGAUAAUGAAUGCAUGGAGUUCAGUAGGUCUCAUGGACAAGUGCCAGGAGAUCUUUGAUGACAUGGUGAAGGCUGGCAUAGAACCUGAUAUCCAUGCAUUCAGCAUUCUCGCAAAAGGCUAUGUGCGCGCUGGAGAACCUGAGAAAGCCGAGUCCCUCCUGACAGGCAUGGGCAAAUCUGGUGUGCAGCCAAAUGUUGUAAUUUUCACUACCAUUAUCAGUGGAUGGUGCAGUGCAGGAAAAAUGGAAUAUGCUUCCCGAGUUUAUGAGAAAAUGUGCGAAAUGGGCAUUUGCCCCAAUUUAAAAACUUUUGAGACUCUAAUAUGGGGUUAUGGAGAAGCAAAAGAACCACAGAAAGCAGAAGAAUUGCUUCAGAUUAUGGAAGAGAAGGGUGUUGCCCCUGUCAAGAGCACUAUCCAGCUGGUUGCAGAUGCCUGGCAUGCCCUUGGUUUAGUGAAUGAAGCCAAGAGAAUAAAGAAUGAUGUUGAAGAAGCUCCCAAAGUCAUGAUAAGUACUAAGGAGGAUGAUGUAGCAACAGAGAGCCUGGAAAGGAUUUAUCAGAAGCAAAACUUGAAGGCUUCGUAUUCAGAUAUUGUACAGGUCCCUGGUUUAGUCAUGACUGAUCAAAACGGGUCCACUGCUGCAAACAUAAGAAGCCGGAUGAUCAUGAAAGGACCCGGGUCUCCACCGGAGAAUUUGUGGACUGUGACGAAAUCCAUGUUUCUUGCUCAAGCAUCUGGGUUCAGGGUGAGGCCAUCCUUUAUCUGCAGGACCCAGUUUCAAGGCCAGGUUGGGGUAUGUGGGCAAUGUGUUAAUUCAUGUAGAUUGGUGUUUCUAACCUAACAAAACCCCAUGUGGCUGAGAUGUGGGAAGGAUUGGCAAGUCCCUAGCACUCAACCCAAGCUGUAGAUAGUAAGGGAGCCUUGUUGAAUUUCAAAAUCUUAUGGAAUCACAAACAUAUACCCUCCAUUUUAUUUGACUUCACUAGUCAAUUUGUAUUAAUGUAUCUACGCUAUUUCUGUUCAUUCAGAGGCAGACGAAGACACUGUCACAUUCUUUAUGAAAGUAAUGAAAAAUGCCUUUAUUUUGAGAAA